AUGCCUGCUCAGUCAGAUAUAGGAUUACCUCCAGUAGGUAUGGAGAAUAGCAGUCUAUCGAACCUCAAACUCGAUGAUGAAGUUACAGGGCGGCCUUUGGAGGGUGGUAUGAGUCUAUCCCAUUGGCUAGCUACCGUCCGUAACAAUCCCCUCCUCGAUUACCGAAGCAGCGAACAGCUUCCUAGUGAAGCAGAUGUGGUGAUAAUCGGUUCGGGAAUCUCGGGAGCUCUGACUGCUCUGAACCUGCUUGAAUCGGACAAUCCACCUAGAUCUGUGGUAAUGCUUGAAGCCAGAGAAAUGUGUUCUGGAGCGACAGGUAGAAAUGCAGGUCAUUGUAAGCCUGAUAUAUGGAGGGGUUUCUCUGAAUAUGCUGAGCGCUUGGGUAAGAGCCAAGCACUAAAGGUCUUGGCCAACGAAAGAAAGACUCGGGAUGCUUUAGUCGACUUCGUUAGUAAGAAUAACAUAGAUUGUGACGUAUGGAAUGGGAAAACAUUUGACGUUCUGAUGGAUGAGGAAAUGGUCGCGCGAUCAGCAGAUAAUAUGAGAGCUUUCAAAGCCGCUGGAGGGGAUGCUAGUCUAGUGGACAUAUCCCGAGUCAAAGGGGCGAAAGCCGUUUACGCAUGGAACGCAUCUACCUUACACCCAUGGAAACUAGUUGCAUUUGUCAUCAAGCGAUGCUUGAAGCUAGGCCUCAAUCUUCAAACCAUGACACCUGUUACUUCCGUCUCCGGAUCAAGCAACAAUUGGACUGUACAUACUUCUCGGGGCAAGAUAAGCACACCUACGGUCAUACAUACUACAAAUGCAUAUUCAGCAGCUUUGUUGCCAGAGACCAAGAAAUCGAUUACUCCCAUACCACACAUGUGUAACCUCGUCUACCCGCCCAGUACUCAUUCGGGCUCAAAGGCGUUAAGUAACUCAUGUUCAGUGAUAUACAAAGAAGGUCUAUACUCUGUGAAUCCUCGAUCGACCUCUGAUGGGGCUAUAUUAUUUGGAGGUGUACAGCCGAACCAACAUUAUCUGGAGGAAUAUGUAGAAGCUAAAGAAAGUAGGAAAUACGAUGAUAGCCUGAAGGAUUUCCAACCUAUAACGGACUGUGUCAAAGAACUAGGCAAAAAGGGGUACCUAUGGGACGAACACAAAACACCGAAGACAGGUUUUGGUGUGCGAUAUGAUCGUUCUUGGUCUGGUAUCAUUGGCCUGAGUGCCGACGGGGUACCCUAUGUUGGGGCUGUACCAGGGAAAUCAGGUCAAUGGAUGAGUUGUGGUCAUAACGGACACGGCAUGGCUCGUAUAUUCACAUGCUCGCGAGGUUUGGCACAGCUAGUGCAAGGGUCUGCAUGGAAAGACACUGGUUUACCAGAAUGCUAUCAGGUCACUGAAGACAGAUUGCGAGGAGAGGAAUAUAGACAACAUAACUUAUAG